AUGGCUGAGGCCAUCGGUUUAGCCGCUAGUAUCGCUGGCCUUGUGCAACUCACUGGGUCUGUCUUCAAACAACUCAUCAGGUUCUGCAAGGAAGCCAAAGAUGCUCCGUCGAAAGCCCAAGACCUUGCCACCCAGACAAGGGAUCUCGCUGGAAUUUUCGAAAAUUUGAGACUGCUGGCUUCAGCGUUGGAAGAACGAGACUCGGGCCCAGCACUUAAACCACAGCAUCUUGAGUCUUGUCAAAAUACAUUGAAUCAGAUCGAUAGCAAGCUUGACAAAGCGCUAUCUGACUUUGAGGGUGGCAAAUCAGCCAGGCGCUUUGUCCGACGGCUGAAAUGGCCCUUUUCAUUACAGGAAACGAAAGAUUUCGUGGCCGAGCUUGCGAACCAUCGCGCCAAUCUUCAUCUUGCACUCUCUGCAGACAGUAUGGACGCUUUGAUCAAGAGUCUGGCUAAGCAGGAUGAGAUCCACAGCAUGAUAGAAAGGAGGAUCAGUUUUGAGACUCGAGUCGAGCUUAAUAAGAGACGCAAAGAGGUCAUGAAUUUCUUUCUGCGCGUGCAACCUCAGGACUAUCUUGAUGUUAGCCGCGAGCUGCGACAUGAAGCUACCGGGUCCUGGCUGACCAGCGACAACUCUACAUUCGAAAGAUGGAAGAAUGGAUCAAACUCAAAGUUGUGGCUAAGUGGUAUUCCAGGCAGUGGAAAGACUGUUCUAUGUGGGCUUGUCAUCGAGACUAUUCUUGAACAGAGCGAUGAUCUUACAGCAGUCUGCUUCGCGUUCUGCGAUUACAAGAACCCAGAUUCGUGUCUCCCCGAGAAUAUUCUGGCGGCACUUGUAGUCCAACUUGGUCUUCAAGGCGAAGAAGCCUUUGAUCUUCUCGAAGAAUACUUCGACAUGCUCCAUCCCGACGACAAGCUUCCAACCAAACCGAGAUUAGACGAUCUUGUGGAGCUCGUCGGAUGCAUGUCUGAGGUUUAUGAGAAAGUCUUUGUUAUAGUUGAUGGCCUGGACGAAUGCGGUGAUCAAGUAACUCAUAUGACCCGGUCCUUGAAGGCUAUAGUAGAUGGAUCUGAGAUUGUCAGUUCUGCCUUUUUUAGCCGAAAGGAAGAAGAGAUCCGCGAGCAACUCGCUGAGGGGUUUGAACAUAUUGAAGUUUCAGCUCAUGUGAAGGAUUUGGAAGAUUACACGCUUGCAGAAGUCAGCAAGCGCAAAGUCCUCAAGAGCAUCGAAAGAACGAACCCGGAUCUCUACAAAGACAUACUUCAUGCUUUGGUGCACAGAGCUCAAGGGAUGUUUCGGUGGGUAGCUUGCCAGAUCGAUCAUAUCUGCAAUCUUCCCAAUAACAAAGCUCGAAAGAGAGCCUUAUCCGAGCUUCCCCCAACACUGAACGAGACCUAUGAUCGGGUAUUGAAAAGAGUUAUGCAAUGCCCGCCCGAAACUCAGACCUGUAUCCGAAGAGCUCUCCAGUGGACAGCGUUGGGUUCACCCAAGAUGAACAUCGCGAGUUUAUGCGAAGCAAUCUCGUUUCAGCCAGAUAUGAACGUAUUUGAAGCCGAUGAUGUCAUUGAGCCUGAGGUUUUAUCGCGUAAUUGUGGAUGUCUGUUACGAAAGUCUCUGGACGGGAAUUACUUCGAAUUUGCCCACUUUACAGUCUUGGAAUACCUGGAGCAGACUGAAGUCGGUGACUUCCGGUACUCCGAAGAGGACGCUUACCGUUCGUUCGCGCAAAGGUCACUUGGCUACCUAUUGCUGCCACAAUUUGAUAGGGUGCCGACGAUCAUCGAUACAGUUGAGGAAGCCUACGCCAAAGAGAGGAACCAAAAGCACCCUUUCUACAAGGUCGCCGCCUAUACUCCUCUGGGGAUACAUAGAAGCACAAAUUCUUACCCUAUGCACCUGAAAGUCAUGGAAGAAGAAACGGUGCUAGAACUUCUCAAACGGCUGUUCGAUAUCCACAAAGGCGGCAACUUUAGGGCAUGGGUCCACGCGUUGUUGUCUGGGGGACAGAACGAAUUGUCGACUAUGCAUCAACUGUCAAACGGUCCACUGCAGUUCGCGGUGUUUCUGCUAAGUCCCAAGCUAUGCCAAUUUCUUAUUGAAUGUGGUGUCGAUGUGAAUGUGGUUCGAGAUAGUUUUACCCCACUUGCCACGACAAUCGCUAUGGAAGAAGAAGGAUUCCUCGGGGAAAAGAUGAAAGAUCCUCGUCUCAUCGAGCAAAUGAUUUUCAUAAUCAAUGUCCUCUUGGACAAUGGUGCUGAUACUGCAUUUGUCAUGGAGGGCCAGAGUUGCAUGGCUCACGCCAUCGGCUCAUUGCCUGGCCACUACCUUCUCCCAUUUAUCCGUCCAUCGUCUGCCGUCCCAGACGAUGCAGUCAAGGCUUUUUCAAACUUUGAGUGCAAGGAAAAAUCUGAUGACUUGGUACUCGAGGCUAUACUGCGUUUAGCUGUUGGGGAAGAAGCUUGUCCUCAGUGGAAACCACUAGCGGCCACUGCGUUGUCUUUUUCUCGUGGACGUGGCCUUAAUUUACCGCAUAUGGCUCUCAAUCCUACGGCUUAUAGCUAUAGCGACCUUGAGUAUCGACAAGCACUUGAGAUUGCUGCCAAGUUUGGACUGGUUGAGGAGCUGUCAACACUCAUCCUGGAUCCACGUUAUAGCGACUCUAUUGCUGAGCCGAGCGACUUCGAGCUGCUGAGUGCCACAGCUAGAAGUACAUCAGCCAACAGCGGCAAGAUAAUCGAGCUGCUUCUUGAGUCUGGUAUUGAUCCACAUGUCUGUGGUACCUCUGGGCAGCACUGUCUACACAUCAGUUGCGAGUCAAGCAAUGUGGACACCUCAUGGCAUGCAGCUUGCUAUAACGGACAAGAAAAUGUCAUAUCUCUGCUUCAGAGAGACGAUGAAAACGCCUUGGUGAAUCUCGCCACUAUAGACAAGGAUGGGCGAACACCCUUCUCUGCUGCACUUCACAGUAGCCAUAUCAAGCUAGCGCUGGUCUUAUUGGAUAUCCUACCAUGCGAAGCAAAUUAUUUUGUUUCAAAGGAUUCAAUAAUGCAUGUUGUAGCAGCACUUGGUUCCUUGGAGCUAUUGACUGCAUUACGAGAUAAGGGAGUUACAGACACGGACGUCUCUAACGCGGAAACAACACCUAUGCAUCACCUGAGCGCCACAUGCACUCCAGAGUUUGCUCGAUCCUUGGCCGAGCUUUAUGAUCCAUUUUGCGCUGACAACUCAGGGACGUUCCCAUUCCAAAUGUUCUUCGAGCGAUGGCUUCGUCACAACAUUCCUGUAAAGUUUGAUGAGACGAUACCCUUGAACCCCGAAAUGUUGAAGGUCCUCAUCCCGAAGGACAAUGACUUUUCACACGAUGGUAAGGUGACACACACCUGGCAACUAAUUUGUGCUGGUCUGGCCAAAGAGGAGAUAUGCUGCGAAGUUGAUACCUUUGUUCCCAUCGAGUGCUACUACUAUUUCUCCAGAGAUCUGACAACACUCGUCAAACAUGGUUUUCUUUCCUCGUAUGAGAGUACAAGGAAUACAUCUGGUUUGGUUCCUCUUAUGGGAUCUCUAAAGGAUUGGACAAGAGAUCAUUUUUGCUCAACAUCAUUUGUCACUCUUCUCUCCCAAGUUGUCGAGUCCUCAAAGAUCAGCAUCUCGCUUCAGGCUAUCGACGAUAGCUAUCAUUUCUUCAGGUUAGCUAUGUUGAGGGCCAGUCCCGAGGUUAUAGUUAAGCUUAUCCAUCUCGGUGUUGACGUUCAUCGACGGGUCCCUGAGGAUAUAUCAAGCAGCCCAAUGUCAUUAUUUGAGAUAGCGUGCAAAGAGGCAGGUCUUGAGGCAUUUAAGGCCAUAUUGGAAACUGUUACUUCUCAAAAUGUUAACGCAUUUCGUCCGACUGGCCAAAGCCCACUGGAGCUGGUUGUCAAAGGUUCAAGCCCAGAUAAGACAUCUCUGAUCAAAGCACUAGACGACAAGGGACUUGUUCAGUCGCCUACCGACCUUGCAACACCUGUAAUCAUUGAGGCUGCAAAGCAAAACGACUUAUCACUGGUAAAGUGCCUAUCGGAGAUUGGGCAUGACCUCUUUGCUGUGGACGUUCAUGGUUGGGGAAUCCCCCAAUGGGCUGCCACCAACCGUCAGCUUGAUAUACUCAAGUGGAUAGUUGAAAAGUCUUCUAGCCCUUCCCAAUGGCAACUUGCUCCUGCCUCCACCUGGACUAGUACGAACCAAGCAAAGACACAAAUAGUUGACCACCAAGUCAGUUUACUACACUUUGUAGCUGACCUGCCGGACUUCCUGUCGUACUUCUUCGAAAACCAGUUCUUCGAUAUCAAUAUCAGCACUCUCCACGGAAGAACAGUGCUUCACUAUGCAGCGAUGAGAGCGUCUAUGGCUUGCUGUUCGAUGUUGUUAGAUCAGGGAAUAAAUAUCUCUGCUCAGGAUAAAGAUGGGAAACUUGCUGUAGACUACGCCCUCGAGACAGGUUUCAACGAGGUUGCCUCGUUUCUGCUAGCAUCAGGCUCUCCUCUUCCCCGAGGCCAGGUUGCAGUUACAGGCGAAAUGAUAAAGGACUUGACUUCCAUUGAAGGACUACAGCUAGCCCGGAGACGCGAAUUCGAAGCUGCCAUUAUGAAUGGCAAUCUGGCGCAGUGCAAAGUGGCUAUCAACCAAGGGUGUUUUAUCAACCAGCCUUUGCCAAGCUGUCACUCCUGUACCCCUAUCUUCACCGCUAUAAGAGCCCAGAAGCCCGUCAUAGUCAAUUGGCUCCUUGACGAGGGUUCAAGCACAUACAGCUUCUUUUGUAACCGUCACCCGACACAAAAUCUAUUCACUCACGCUGUCACUGCCAUGGAGCCAUCAGCCUAUAUUGAGAAAUUGCUAACAACCGCUUUGAAGUCGCGAUCAAUCACACGAGCACAUCUUGUUGACGCCAUUUGCCAGAAUAUUGGCAAAAGGAACUUGCAUGUACUGAAGCUCAUACUGAACCAUCUCAAACAAAAUGUUGACGAAUAUUACAACGCCUGGAAGGGUGUGCUUGAUUCUGCCCUUGGUGGUGAUUCAGCUGAGCAGCUCAAAUCCGCACUGAUCAAUUAUCAUAAUCCGGUCGUUUUCCCGCAUAGGACGCCACUGCAAGUUGCAGCAGCAACUGGGAAUGUUGAGAUGGUGAAGUUUUUGAUUCAACAAGGCGCCCAUAUAAAUGUGUUUGAUAAACAUCACGAAACGCCUUUGAUCAUCGCGGCCAGUCACAACCAUGUCCUUGUUGUGACGGAACUUUUGCGACACAAUGCCAUUGUUGAAACGAGCAACAUGUUUGGUAACACUGCCAUGUCAUUGGCUGUUCUCAUGGGUCAUUUAGACAUUGUAAAGCUGUUAGCAGAAGAGCGGCCAUCUUCAUUGCAGUAUAGGAACAUAGACGGGUCAAAUCUCCUACUCAGGGCAUCGGAAGAAAGCUCAUCGCUGGCCACUUUCAAAUACCUUCUGUCAAAAGGGCUCGAUACUCACCAAAAGAGCGAGGACGGAAUACCUAUGCUUGCUUUCCCUUUGCUUCAAGGCAGGUAUAUCGACUAUUUAUCUCAAUCUCGGUGGCUCGAUGGAGCAUUAGCUUCUCCUGCGCCAAAACCAGACAACAUUCUCAACAACGCCAUCGUCUUUUGCACAACGAGCCAGAUCAAGCGGUUACACAAAUCGUUGCCACCGCGCGAUGCGAAUAUUCUUUUGAACAUGGAGAGUAGAUCUUAUGGGACCCCUCUCUGUCUAGCGGUAUUUCGAUGCAAUGUGGCAACGACUAGUCUGUUACUAGACCUUGGAGCGGACGUGAAUAAGGUAGGGUCUUGGUUUGGGACACCUCUCAUGUGCGCCAUUACCUUCGGGAACUUAGAGCUAGUAAAGCUACUUAUCCGACGAGGCGCCGGUCUGGAAUACGCUGACGAGAACGGGGACAUGGUUAGUGGACUUGAGAAGGGUCUCCCGUAUCCCAAUAUCACUCAGUGGUUGCUGGUUGGCAGAUUUCAAGAUCAGAAGAAGCUGGAAGACAAGGCGUUCUAUGGCGAAUGCGCUAUUAGGCCAUGGAGUGGUAGAACAGAGUACACGACAUUAUUGAAAGGCUCUCAUCGACGUCGAUGGGAGGAGUCGACUCUUGACUACUGCAAAAGACUUGCUGGGUUAAAGCGAAUAUUGAGAGGCAGUAGGGCUUUCGUGGAGUUUGUUUAG